AUGACCUCCAGUCUCCCGCCCCCCGAGUUACGAGCCGCCAUCACUGAGAAACUCUCCGAGCUCAUCGCCGCCCUCGAGGCCCACCCGGCCUGGAUCCCGCCGAAUCCCCACAGGGGUCUCUUUCACGUCUGGGACUUUGUUAGCCGCUCCCGUUACAUUAUGACCGAGCUCGACCACAUCAGGGACGGCGAGCCGGUGCAGCACCCGGAGCAGAUCCCGCGGCAGAAAAAAGGCCGAACCGGUCCCGAAGCUGCCGCCGAGUCCUUCUCCGACGUGUGCGGGCGAUCCGUCGCCGUCAACGAGAUGGUCAGCAACCCGAGGCUUCUCACCAUGAUGGGCCUCCCGCAGGUAGACUAUGGCAGCGGCAUCGUCGCCAAGGCGCAGGCCGUCGUCGAUGCUAUUGGCCAGGGCCAUUGA